UUGUUGUUCUUCUUCUCCACGUGAAUCAAAACUUUUGUUUACUAAUUUUCAAAAAAAAAGUUGAAAUUCAUUUAAAAAUAAAUCAAAAUCAAUUAAAUUCUAUUAAUCACACAAUGAAUAUAGCAAAUAUUGAUUAUAAAUUCAAUGAAAAUGUAUGUGAAUUUAAAAUACCAAUCACUAAAAAAUCACAGAAUGUAACAAAUUGUGAUAUCUUUGUUAAAGAAUCAUCUUUCAUUCUUGUUUCUGAUGUCGAUAUUAAACGAUUUGAAUGUCCACGUCGAUUCGAUUUAAUGGACAUGAAAAAUAUUCCCAUUAAUUUCAAUACAGAACAAUGCGAGUACACAUGUACUUUGCCCUGUUAUCCAGACGAAACAAAAGUAAACAAAAUCGAAAAAGGAGAAAUGGAUAAGAAAAAUCCACGAAAUGUUGAAACUGAAGAAACAAGUCUCAAUCAAUUUGCACGCAUUACAGAGUCUUGUAUUCUGUCGGUGGAUGGGAAAGUCAGCGAGAUUCAAUCUGACUUUCCUUAUGGAUUUUCUGGACGUUAUCGGGGCAAACCAAAGUACCACGAGGACGAUCUUUCACACAUUUGCCGGAUAACAGAUCCAAGUCAAUUUAGUUCAAUUAAGCGAACUAUUCAGCGAGAAAGUGACGAAGCUAAAGAUUUCUGUCCAGAUCAAUAUAAAUUGAAUUUCGUUGAGUUACAAAUACCGGAAGGGCAUGACAAUCCUAUUAAGUACACUAUUCCUUUUGAUGAUUUCAAGUUAACACAAGAAGAAGAAUGCAUUUUAGAAAAGAUUCGAGUAAAACACAUUCCAAUCGACAUUGAACCAGAUCAAGUAAAUAUCGAUUGUGGUCUUGUGAGCAUAUUGUUGGGUAUUUGCUAUGACACUCGCGUCACAUCAAAUGAACCAACUUGUGUAAGUCCAUGGACACGAUCAAUCCUCUCCUCAGCUCUAAGUUAUUUCGAACGUUUUGAGAAUCUUACUCCUGUUGUUGAGAGUUUCCUUCGACGUUCAUUGAUUUAUCCAAUUUAUAGAAAUUAUGAUCUAUCUCGUCUUUGUGUUCAAGAUACAGUAGAAGCACUGCAAAGAGGAAAGCCAUGGAUAUUAAAGCAAUUACUUGUCACAUACAAUUGGUUUUGUGAUAUUACUGCAGAUUUUGAUCGAAAACCUUUAAAUAAAUAUUUUAUCAAACAUUAUAUUUGGUAUAUUGAUACCAUAACAGAUAAAGAACAUCUUCAAAUGUUGUCGAGAAAUUUAAAAAAUGUCCUUUUGGAUACAACAAAGAAACAUUUAAGACUUGGAUUGGGAGAAAUCGAGACGGAAUUGCUAAAGGAACUCAUUGAAGAUAUACAUUUGACGACGUCAAGUGAAUCAGAAGGUGAUGUUAACAGCAGCAGUGAAGAAAGCGGAUCAGAUUCUGAAUCUGAAAGUGAAAGCGAGACUGAUGAUAGCAAUGAUGAAGGAGACAGUGGAAGUGUUAUUGAAAAGAAAAUUUAAAUUAUUUUGUAAAAAAUAAAAAUUUUAAUUUUUU